GGGUAGACGGGUACAGUUGCGCAUUGUUCGUUCGCCUGUGGAGACGAACGUCCGCCAAGUGUCAAUAUCCAAACUGAUUCUUGUUUGUGUUCCACAUUCUGCUGCAUGCCGAACUUUCGGACGACCCACUCACCCUCUGGGAAUUGUGUGUGUUUGUUUGAGAGUCCAUUGCGAUUGAGGUGGGGGUGGCAAGGGUGAGCUGGAAUGAUUGUCGGGAUCUUGUGAACUUGUCCGGCUUCAGGAUCAAUAUUCAAGGCCGAUGGACCCCAAGAUGACGUGAGAAUAGAGCAACAAGGUCCAGCCUUCAACCAACCAGCUCAUGAUGUGUUUGAUCGCUCCACAAGGUCGGAGUGCUUUAUCCCAGUUUGUGAAAUGCACCACCCUCUUGGCCACAUUCGUGCUUUUCACUUUGGCUGUGAGUCACGUGGUUUAUCUCUUUGAGGCUUUCGAGGCCAAAGACGGCAUCGAAAGCCUUCUCCAAUCAGGAUCAGAGCUUUACACGCAUGAGAAGUUCCUCUGGUACCUUUUGUACUCCUUUGGAGAGGCGGACCAUUUACAAGAUCUGAGACAGCGGUCCAAUGUGGGGCUCAUCGUUAAACCCCAGCCCGCCCAAAUCCAACCAGCAUCAUCAUCAUCAUCAUCAUUAUUCUCAUCUUCAUCCUCAUCAUCGACGUCCUCGUCGGCAUCGUUGGAGGUAGCCGAGAACGACGAGGAUGGGGGAGGCGCCUCUCUCACUGGUGGCCAUACCAACACCAACGCCUUGAUCCCCGAUUAUCGUAAUCAUUUGCGAGUUUGGAAGCUCACUGGCCUGAUCUGUCUGUAUUGCAUCGCGGUAGGCGUCAAUCUGGGACUCGUCUUGGGAGUGUGUCGAAAAAUCUCGGCUUUCUUCAUUCCCUGGUUAGUCGUGAAUCUGGUAUUUGUGCUCGUGUUCUUCAGUCUCUCGUUGGGCACGGUGAUAGUUCAUCUGGCUUAUCACGAUCGAUCGCCGGCCGUGGAUGAGAAUAGUAUCCUCGUGCCAACGGGCGAUAUUCCGCCACUCGAGUCGAAUCCAGUGCCUUAUUCGGGCCUCUGGUGUGCUUUGAUCCCAUUUUCCGUGUUCCUGCUUCUCGGGGUAUAUUGGAUUUUAGUACUUUAUCUGUAUUUGGUGGCCGUCAAGAGCGAACGUCACUUGAGAAGAGCUCAUCGGGAUCCUUUCAAUUGCAUGACAGGUUCGCAUUCCAACUAUCCAAUGUCGAAUGGAACAUCCAAUGGGUUUGGCCAGGGUGCUUUGAUGACAAAGGAUGCCAUUGACGGCCAAUCUGCCUUGCUUGGUGAGAAGCAGGACGCGUCCACGAGUCCUAUGAAAUCCAGUCCAAAUCGAAGCCGGAGAUUCAUGGGGCUCUUCCGUUGCUGUGGAGCCGAGAACUCGGAAUCGUUUGGAAGAAAUGAAUGCACGUUGUCCUCAAACAAACCUCUCGACGAUGGUGUCUUCUAUCAGGAGUGCGUGCAAUCGAUGAUUAUCCCGGAUGAUUCCUCAGAGGAAGAUGAGGCCAAUCCCAAAGAGGAUCACUCACCGUUCCUUCCUGAAAUGAUCAAGAAAGAAGAGCGACGAAAAAUACAGAAGCGACGCAAGGAGAAAGAGAAGGAAGAGCGAAGAUUGAAUAAAAGCAAAGAAAGACUUCCCCUCAAGUCCACAAAACCGUCAAGCCCUCCAUUAGAGGAGCAAUCCUUCAUUCACAACGCCAUUUAUGAGCCUCUGAAACAAUCGGAAGACGUCAAUCUUUGGACCGAGUUCGAUGGCUCGGGACAUCGACCAUAUCCGAUGGGACGACCUUCAAGUCUGCCACAUUGUCACCCAGAAGUCAGCUCUCAAGGACCUGAAGAAGUCAAAGACAAUAUCGAAUGUUGGAACCUCAACCGAACCGGCGCAGACUUCAGAGAUUUCGGAGGGUGUUCCAAGUCAUGCCCUUUGGAGCAAUCGAUCCCCAUACCAGUCACGGAACAACAUCUCACGCACUCUGCCCCGAAAUGCCUCCAUGGGAGGAGGUUUGUAUACCCAGAAGAAAGUGACCACAACCACCAAAACCACCACCACCACGACAAAUGAGUCUUCCACCACCACGGAGGACUUCACCUCAAGCACACCUGAAAUUAGGCACAAGUUCAGCCGCACACGCUCCGUUCAUUUCCACGAUAACAUCAACAGCGAGAAUCGGACGGAACCAAAUGUGGUCACCCUACCGCUCGAAAACGACUCGUUUCGACAAGGGCAUCAACAACAACAACGACCACGGCGCCCCCUGGCAUCAAGUGGGAAUUUGAGUAGACGAACCGCUUCAUUGGAAAGGCGCCGCGAGCAACUCUUCUGAGAUCAAUGGGCGAUGUCAAUCGAAACAUUCUCAAUAAAUAUUAAUAAGAACAUAGAUAAG